AUGCGGAGGCGGAGCGGCGUCCGACGGCCGCCGCGCUGCCGGCCCUGGCCGACCGGAGUCCGGUCGCAGGUCGUGCGGCUCAAGUGCAGCCCGCGGCCCUUGGAGAGGUCCCUGCCCCCACCCCCACCCCCACCAACGGGCGCGGUUGGCCACCCUGAGCCCCACCCGCCCCUGGCCCCUCGCACCCGGCGCGCUCAGAGCCGUCGGCUGCCUUCCAGCCGGCCGGCCAGCCGGCGGCCGUCGGACACACCGUCAACCCAACUCUUGGGUCCCCGCAGCCCCAGCCCCUCCCCCGCGAGCCUCUGGCGGCGGGCGGCGAGCGACGCAGUCGGGCCCCCUACGCGCUGCGCCCGGAGCGGCGGUCGGUAUCGGUGCUGGAGACGGCGGCGGCGACGGUUUCGUGGCGGCCGCGCGCUGCUCUCUGAGCGGCGGGUGGUGGUGCGGCCUAGACCCUCACUCCUGACACUUUCCCUCCCCCAGCGCACCGCGGAGUUGGCCACAUCUCAACAACUAAAGGCAUGCAGGGAGCAGCUUCUUACAAGAGAAGCGGAAAUCGCGGAGCUGAAAGCCGAAAGGAACAACACCAGGCUGCUGCUGGAACACCUGGAGAUCCUGGUUUCCCGGUAUGUGCCGUCCCUCCGGAUGACGGCGGGCCCGCAGCAGGCGCAGUCCCCAGCCAGCAUGACCAGCGAGGUGGAGCUGCUCAGGGCCCUGAGAUUGCUCUUUGAGCACCACAAGGCCCUGGACGAGAAGUGGAGAGAGCAACUACGACACGCUCUCGAAAGGUGUAGUUCCUUAGAAGAGGAAUUAAGGACCGCAGACAAACAGACGAGAGCUGUCCUGAAUGUCGCUGACGAGCCGUGGUCCUCACGUGCCCAGGUGCAGAGCCAGAGGGAGCAGGACUGUGAGUCCGCGCAGCAGGCCCGCGUGGUGGCCACCGUGGCCCAGGCCUUCGAGAGUGACGAGGAUGUGUCUGACGGCGAGGGCGACGGGGUCACCCUCCUCAGCUCGGCCGGUCAGCUGCCGCCCAGUGGGCAGGCCGAUGGCGACACUCUUCCUGUGAUGCUUCAGGAGCAGCUGGAUGCCAUCAACGAGGAGAUCUGCCGGGUGUCCGGGGGCCCCGAGGCCUGCCUGGGCCACACGCGCACAGCUACGCCCCUGUCCCGGGCCUGUGUCCAGAGCGGCCGCAGGCCGGUGACCGUGCGCAGGACCAGGCAGAGCUGCUGCUCAGAUAGUUCUCGUCACAGAGUUCCCGAUUCCCAGUGGCAAAGACUUGAGGCCCUGACGUGCACCUCUGCCCUGAGAGCAGGGAAGAUGAAGGUGGUCAACCUCAGGUGGAUCCAGGAGGAGAAGGAGAGCUCGGAGCAGCGGGCCGAGGAGGCUGACAGCAGGGCGGGCGGGGCGCGCUUAGGCAGCCUUCGGCGUUUUAAGUCCCUGAGCUCCCUCAACCUGUGUCCUGCCUCCUCACUUGCCGGCUCCUGCCCGCCCAGCAGGGAGGGCUCCGUGCCCCGAGGGAGGUGGCACAGCCUGGCGCGCGAGGGAGACCAGCUGGGCGUCAUGACUCCGGUGCAGAGCCAGAGGGAGCAGGACUGGGAGUCCGCGCAGCAGGCCCGCGUGGUGGCCAGCGUGGCCCAGGCCUUCGAGAGUGACGAGGAUGUGUCUGACGGCGAGGGCGACGGGGUCACCCUCCUCAGCUCGGCCGGUCAGCUGCCGCCCAGUGGGCAGGCCGAUGGCGACACUCUUCCUGUGAUGCUUCAGGAGCCGCUGGACGCCAUCAGUGAAGAGAUCCGGUGGAUCCAGGAGGAGAAGGAGAGCUCGGAGCAGCGGGCCGAGGAGACUGACAGCAGGGCGGGCGGGGCGCGCUUAGGCAGCCUUCGGCGUUUUAAGUCCCUGAGCUCCCUCAACCUGUGUCCUGCCUCCUCACUUGCCGGCUUCUGCCCGCCCAGCAGGGAGCGCUCCCCGCCCCGAAGGAGGCAGCACAGCCCGGAGCUCCAGGGAGAUCGGCUGGACGUCCUGACUCCGGUGCAGAGCCAGAGGGAGCAGGACUGGGAGUCCGCGCAGCAGGCCCGCGUGGUGGCCACCGUGGCCCAGGCCUUCGAGAGUGACGAGGAUGUGUCUGUCGGCGAGGGCGACGGGGUCACCCUCCUCAGCUCGGCCGGUCAGCUGCCGCCCAGUGGGCAGGCCGAUGGCGACACUCUUCCUGUGAUGCUUCAGGAGCCGCUGGACGCCAUCAGUGAAGAGAUCCGGUGGAUCCAGGAGGAGAAGGAGAGCUCGGAGCAGCGGGCCGAGGAGACUGACAGCAGGGCGGGCGGGGCGCGCUUAGGCAGCCUUCGGCGUUUUAAGUCCCUGAGCUCCCUCAACCUGUGUCCUGCCUCCUCACUUGCCGGCUCCUGCCCGCCCAGCAGAGAGCGCUCCCCGCCCCGAAGGAGGCGGCACAGCCCAGCGCUCCAGGGAGACCGGCUGGGCGUCCUGACUCCGCCUAGUGAGUUAAGGAAGCAUCGUCGAAAGCUGCCAGCUUUAAUGGAAGAGGAAGAAGACGAGGAGACCAGCAUCAAAGGUGGAACCUCGAGCCCUGCCUCGCCACGGUCCCUUCGGCUGGACCGGCUGCACACGGGGGCGCUGCAUGCGGCCGGCCCCGAGGACGUCAGGGACGCCCGCAACUCGACCGGCUCUCAGGACGGCCCCGGGGGCAACCCCAGCAGCAGCACCAUCAGCCAGGACUCGCUGCACAAAGCCGCGAAGAAGAAGGGCAUCAGGUCCUGCAUCGGCCGCUUGUUUGGCAAGAAGUAAAAGGGCCGGCCUGGACUCCCGCGGGGCGCCAAGGUCACGUUCUCUGCCGCUGAGGGCUCUCCAGGGCCGACCUCCGGAGACCCGCCGACCCUCCACUCCCAGGGCGUGGCCUCCGUGCCCCCUCGGGACCAGGCCGGCCUGUGCUCACCCCGAAGCUCAGCAGGAGUGAGUCCUGACUGUGGCGGAGUCCAGCCUCUGCGUUCCCGCCACGCUGCCGGGUCCCAGGAGCGCGGGAGGAAGCGUGUAAACCCAGAGUGCGACAGGAUGCUGUACACGGCCAGCCACACGGACGUCAGGGACGCCUGCAACUGCUUCAGGAAGCCUGGAGACAAGGCUUGGCGUUUUGCACAAUGGGAGGGGCCGGCUGCUGUGGUCUGGCGGGAGCUCUGGGUCGGGAUGCCGGCCUGGUAUGUGGCUGCUUGCCCAGCCAGCGUGAAGAACGACGCCAUCAUGUCCGCCCUGUUGGGCACAGGGAUCCAGCGUGAGAUCGGCAUCAGCACGCUGCGCCAGCUGAAGCUGCGGCUGGCGAUCCGGGAGAUCACGUCCCUGAGCAGCCCCUCCGCCCCUCCCACGUCCAGAACCACCUCAGGAAACGUCUGGUGAGCACAGGAGAUGGAGGCACUCAUGGCCACGCCGCCAACCGAGGAUGAGGAGGGAAGCUGGGCUCAGACCCUUGCAUACAGGGACGUGAGCCUCGAGCGGAUCGGCACCGAGUGACUGCCCAGCCUGGGCCUCCGGCAGUGCCGCAGCUACCUCAUGGAGUGCCUUGUGGACACGCGGAUGCUGGACCACUUGACCGAGAAAGACCUUUGCGGACGACUGAAAAUGGUUGACAGUUUUCACAGAAACAGUUUGCAGUGUGGAAUUGUGUGCCUGUGAAGGUUGAAUUAUGACUGAAAAGAACUGGAAAGGAAAAGAGAAGAAAGCCAGAAUGAACUAGCACAGAAUGAAAGGCUAGUCCCGUCCUCGCUGUCCCCACCCUCGGGCCCCUGCACGCUGUCAGUCGAUGGGGCGAAGGAAGAAGAGAACGCUGCUCGUCCAGGCUGGGUGCCCGGGGCCGCUGUGUCCCCACUUGAUGGCAAGACAGACGGCCAGACAGCCUGGGCCGGGGUCAGGCUCUGUGGCUCAGACGCCUUGUGCACGCGCCCCCCAUGCCGCCAGGGUCCCGUCCGUGACAGCGGCAUCUCAGGGGCUCCUUUCUCCCUGGUUGGCGAUCAGCCCCGUGCUCUGCCCUCCCUGAAGCGGCCUGUGGAGAGCGGCAUGGCCCCCAGGACAGCAGAUCACGGGGCUCCAGGCCACGAGGGCCCGGCCACUGACCCACAACGUGGCGGGAACGCAGAGGCUGGACUCCGCCACAGUCAGGACUCACUCCUGCUGAGCUUCGGGGUGAGCACAGGCCGGCCUGGUCCCGAGGGGGCACGGAGGCCACGCCCUGGGAGUGGAGGGUCGGCGGGUCUCCGGAGGUCGGCCCUGGAGAGCCCUCAGCGGCAGAGAACGGCAGUGUCCUUCCAGAUUCACGGUCGCCUUGAUAUCUCAAGCCCAAGUCCUGAGUUGCGUCCCAGUCCGGCUAGGCAGAGGCCUGGGAACACCCAUGCUCAGGGGCUGAAAGGAUCCCAGGGGGACAGCCAGGCCCCAGCGGGUGGCGGGGCAGGGGACGAGGGUGGCCGCCCACAGAGGGCCCCGCAGCAGCACUGCAAGGACAGCAGCGAUGCCUCAGCUCACUCGGGGACGCUGCCGGCCUAG